GGUUUCUAAUGCCCCAAACCCGCAUCCUAACUGCUCCUAUGGCAAUUCCGCGAACUGGGUCUUCGCCAUUUUACUACUUCAGUUGUUAAAAGGUGAAAAAAUUCGAUUUUUGAGGGCGUAAUAGAAUUUUGUGGAAGAAGAAGAUGGUGGCUGAGAGUUGUUGAUUAUUGCUACAUUUUUGGUUAUUUAGUUGAAGUAGACUCUUGCCUUUGCUUUCAAAAGGACGGAAACAGCUGCAUAAAGCUUUGUGUAGAUUGUGAAGUCUUUUGUCUUAUUGUAAGAUGUGGGAGCAAAAUUCAAAGUUGGAUGCAUAUGUAGAAGAAAAAAGCUAUGAUUCCUUGCGUCACUGGUGAGCAAAGAACAGCUUAGAUUGCUCAGUUUUAUCCCUUUAAGCGGCAAAAAAAUUUUGUUCAGUGGGUAGCUUUCGAGGCUCUAUCAGCUAGUUCUUGAUUUCAGAUUUUUCCAAGCAACCUUCUCUCGAUAAAAGUAGGAGAUAAGCAUUCAUUUGUUUGUUAUGGCAAAGAGAUUUCUCAAACAGAAUCCUUGCACUGAGAGAGAUGAUGCAGGCUGCCUCUCUGGUUUUACAGGCAUAUUUGACUUCCGUGUUGGCCACUAUUCUCAUAAAUUGCUUUCCAAUAGAAAGCAUAGCAAGGUUCUUGCAACUGAACAUUCAAGGAAGAAACUUGAUUUUCCCAGAAAUUCUGCAGUAAAACUUGAAGAAGUAGAUGCAAAUUUGCACAAGGAUGUCAACAUCAAAACAAAAAAGGAUACUUCAGGCAUGAUAAGUGUCAAGACACUCAUGGAGGAAGAAAUGUCUAGAACACAUACAACCAAGAUCCAUAACAGUAAACUUGAGCGUUCACAAUCCGAUGAAAAUAAUAAGAAGAAAAGCAAGAAGAAGUGUAAUGAACUCCCACACCAUCAUAUCAGCAAUUUGAUGAAAGAUCUUCAGUGA